UUGUACUCCCGCCUUCUAGCAGGAAGUUUGGUCCGGUGUCGUGACGCCAUUUUGUUUUCAGCGGAUGCAAGCUUUCUGCGGCGUUGAAGACAGAAUAGCACCAUGGUGAAGAUUUUUAUCGGUAACCUGUCUCAAGAAACCACAGCGGAGGAGCUACGUGCCCUCUUCACUCAGUACGGAAAGGUGUCCGAAUGUGACAUCGUGAAGAACUAUGGCUUCGUCCAUAUGGAUGAGAAGACGGAGGCUGACGAGGCUAUCCGCAACCUGCACCACUAUGAGCUCCACGGCCAGCCCAUGAACGUGGAAAUCAGCCGAGGCAAGGCCAAGGCUUCCACCAAGCUGCAUGUGGGCAACAUCAACAGCACCUGCACCAACCAGGAGCUGAGGGCCAAAUUUGAGGAGUACGGCCCAGUGGUGGAGUGCGACAUUGUUAAAGAUUAUGCCUUUGUGCACAUGGAGCGAGUGGAGGACGCCAUGGAGGCCAUCAAAGGGCUAGACAACACCGCCUUCCAAGCUUCUGAUCUCAAAUCAUCUUCCUCCUCUGAGACUUCUAGAGAAAAUGUGUCUGGAACCAGUAUCCAUCCUCAAACGUCACGUUUUUCUCUGUCCCUUCAAGAGUUUGGCCAGAAGAAACGUAAGAGGAGCCGCUGGAGCAGUGAGACCCCUGACCAGAAGACUGUGAUCCCAGGCAUGCCUACAGUUAUUCCCCCUGGUCUCACUCGCGAGCAGGAGAGAGCCUAUAUAGUCCAACUGCAGAUCGAAGACCUGACUCGUAAACUGCGUACAGGAGACCUGGGAAUCCCUGUUAACCCUGAGGAAAGGUCUCCUUCUCCUGAGCCCAUCUAUAACAGCGAGGGUAAGAGGCUGAACACACGCGAGUACCGCACCCGCAAAAAGUUGGAGGAGGAGAGGCACACCCUCAUCACAGAGAUGGUGGGGCUCAACCCUGACUUCAAGCCCCCUUCCGAUUACAAACCUCCAGCCUCCAGGGUCAGUGACAAAAUUAUGAUUCCUCAAGAUGAGUACCCAGAGAUUAAUUUUGUUGGAUUGCUCAUUGGACCCCGAGGUAACACCCUGAAGAACAUCGAGAAGGAGUGCAAUGCCAAGAUUAUGAUUCGCGGCAAGGGGUCUGUCAAAGAGGGCAAAGUGGGUCGGAAAGAUGGCCAGAUUUCUGCUGGAGAGGAUGAACCGCUGCACGCUCUGGUCACCGCCAACACUAUGGAAAAUGUGAAAAAAGCUGUGGAACAGAUCAGGAACAUUCUGAAGCAGGGUAUCGAAACCCCAGAGGACCAGAAUGAUCUACGUAAGAUGCAGCUGAGGGAGCUGGCCAGGCUCAAUGGCACGUUGCGAGAGGAUGACAACAGGGUUCUCCGGCCUUGGCAGAACUCAGAGCCUCGUAGCAUCACCAACACCACUGUAUGCAUCAAGUGUGGGGGUGCAGGUCACAUUUCCUCUGAUUGCAAGUUCACCAGUUCUUUUGCUCCUAGGCCAGGGGAGCCGCAGUCUGCCCAAGACAAAGCACGCAUGGACAAGGAGUACCUGUCCCUCAUGGCAGAACUUGGUGAAGCACCUGUGGCCUCAUCCAGUGGGGGGCCCUCCCGCAGCAACCCCAGUGGCCCCCGGGGUUCGGGACCAAGCAACAACCAACCUCCGCCUAACCGCCCACCAUGGAUGAACAGUGGCCCAUCGGACAACAGGCACUUUCCAAGUAUGCAUGGGGGCCCUAGCAAUCAUGGGGGUCACCACAACUUUCCUCCUCCCAUGCCCAACAUGGGGGCACUCCCUAUGCCACCCAACCACAAUGGCCCCCCUCCACCAUGGAUGCAGCCACCACCUCCACCAAUGAACCAGGGGCCUGGACACCAUCCACAAGGACACCCUCCAAUGGGCGUUUUCUCUGACCUACCUGUAGGUAUGAUGCCUCCCCCUAUGGGCAUGAUGCCACCACCCCCACCACCCCCAAGCAGCCAACCACCCCAUCCUCCGUCUGCUCCCAUGCCCCCGUGGCAACCGCAGGCACCCCCACCCCCACCAACAAGCAGCAUGGUGACCAGUGCGCCAUUGCCAUGGCAACAGAAUACCACAACAACCUCUAGCCCUGGUUCUGGCAAUCUGCCUCCCUGGCAACAGCAGCAGUCUACAGGUGGUGCAUCAGCUCAGCCCCCGCCACCUAUGGGCAGCUCCUCCUUAGUGCCCCCUCCCCCUGGGGUUAACCCACCACUGCCACCUGGUGCCCCACCUCCCCCACCACCACCACCUCCUCCUGGAUCAGCAGGCAUGAUGUAUGCACCUCCCCCACCGCCACCACCCAUGGAUCCCUCUAACUUUGUCAGCAUGAUGGGGAUGGGAGUCCCAGGCAUGCCCCCCUUUGGUAUGCCCCCGGCCCCUCCUCCACCACCACCUCAAACUUGAUUUUUUUUUUUUUUUUUUUUUCCCUUUUUCUUUUUCACCUUAGAAGGCAUAUUCAUUGUUUAUCUUGUUCCGCGCUUGUACAAAGUCCUUACACAGACCAAUGGGGACUAUAGUUUCACAGGUUUGUUUAUAUGUUAUGUUUUUACAUACAUGUCAUUUGCAAAAUUUGUAAUUCAAAGGGAAACUUAAAUCAACUAAGGUAGGAAAAAAAAAUUCAAGAUUGGGAGCUUACAACCCAAGCUAAGUGUGGAUUCCUUAAUGUUAUUGAUAAUGACAUUAUUUAAUCUCCAGUUCAUUUGAGGUCUCUGAGCCCUUUUUUUUUUUUUUUUGAAGUUUUCUCACUGUCACCAGCCAAAAACAUGCAGCUCAGUAGUUUUGCCCUCAACUUAGUGAUUUAUGUUAAUUUUAUUUUUUUUAAUUAGCCCUGCUGUUGCAUGCUGGCUGCUGCAUUUUCAGAGUGUUAACACUUUUUUUUCCUAAUAAUUGUGAUUGGCAUACAGUAAACAUUUUUUUUUGAUGAGGCAUUUUGACUUGAAGGAUGAAAGAUGAUGGCGAUCACCUUCAUGUUAUUGGAGAUGGUUGUUGCACCUUUUUAUUACACUGUUGUGUGCUGCAGUGUUUCCAGAACUAAGCAAGGUGUUCUGAAGUGUGAUUUACUGCAUACCAAAUCCUUGAUUAGUGAUACGGAGUGCAGAGUCCUUGUUUGGUCAUUGGAGUCCCACUGAAAACUUGAAAAUACCCAGAAUGGCCAAACUAACCAUAAAACAUGGAUUUAAAAUAAUAUUCUGGGAUACAAUCACACUUUCAGGGCAUUAAGGUUAUACUUUAUUUCUUCAGUUUCCAUUGAUUGAGAGCAUUCAGAAUGGUUCAGAGACUUCAUUUUAGUUUUAGGAAUCAACAUCAGAAAGGAUUCUAAAUUAACUUGGGCAUUAAGCAUUCCCAGAGUUCAGAAUAUGCUAAAACAUUUUUUUUGUAUAAAGUCUCAAAUGAAUAGUUGAAGACUGAACUGUAAAUUGAUUUAAGUUUUAGGCACCAGUCCCCUGUUAAAUAUAUAUAUAUUUUUUGUUAUCUAAAUGCAAUUCUAAUUCAUGUGGGUGUACUGUGAAUGGGAUAUCUGUAUAGUGCUCCAUCCCUGAUACUCUGCUUUUACACUUCAUUCCCUUCUUCAGUUGGUCUCUUUGCUAGACAAUUCUAGUUUGGGACUUCCAGAGUUGUGUAGCUUUUUACUAGGGUUUGUUUUUUUUUUUUUUUUUUUUUUUUAGGUUCAAAACAGACUGCUUUUCCAUUAGUUUCUGCUUUACCCUUAGAUUGUGUGGUCAGGUGAUUUUCCAUUUAGGUAAAGAUGAAGGCCUCUGUCUGGUCUGAAGGACAGAUAUAUUUUUGACCUUCACCAAGCUAUGUUGUCUUCACAUGAAUCCUGCUGUUGUCCUUCAUAAUGUACCUUCAAGAUUGUAAAGUGUUAAUGACAUUUGACAUUGCCGUUUAAAGCUAUAAGUUCUUGUGUGUUUUGUCUUGUAUGUGCUUUUGAUUUGAUUUGAUUACACUUUUUCCUCCCCUCCCUUCUCCAGUAGCCUCAUAAAUGUUGUGUAUUAAGAUUUCAAGGGUUUCUUUUCCACAAGGACUGCCUCCAAAAUUAGUGUGUAAUUUAAGAGGAUUUCUACUGUUUAAGUGAUUGAGUAUUUUAGUUGUCUUGCAGAACAGGAGCUAUAGUCUGGUAAUAAAAUUCAUGCUGAGUUAUUUAAAUAUGAUAAUGGGGACUAAUUCAUUUUGCCCUUUGUUUAAAUUACUUAAUAUCCUGGAGACCUAAAAAUCUGCAGUUUAUUCCCUGCCAGUUGGGAAUGGUUUUGUUGAGUCUUUAUUUCAACACUUGCCUUUGUCUCCCCUGUAAGAUUGUAAGUCCCCUUUUGACUCCUUUCUUUGUCUUA